AUGGAGUGCAAGCGGCAGGGGGCUCUGAAUUGUAGUGUUGCACAGGGCACCAUUGGUGGCUGCUUCACUCUGCCUAAUGGCCAGGGGUCCUUUUACCUUUUUCUGCCAUGCAGGAGCAAAAAGGCUUGCUUGUGUGCAGACAAUGGACCUGGCUUCUUGCGUUCUGUUCUCUUUACCAAUCACUGCCCUAUAGAGCCUGUUGUGACCCCAGCUUUGCUCCAGAACUUUCCCCCUGUACUUUCCCGCCUCAAUGGCCCUUGUACACGUGGUCUACUCAGAAGCAAGCCCCAUGGAGCUCAAUGGGACCCCAACUCCCAAUCAGGAUCUGUAAGGUCCGUUGAGUCCAGUGGGGACCUAUUCCUCCCCAGUGUAGGAUCAGUGAGCCCCAUUGUGUUCAAUGGGAGGUCCUCUCCGUAUAAAACGCCCAGCUCGCAUCCGGGGCACCACCGGCUUGCCUCUCAACUUUGGCCAUUCAUUCCCACGGGAGUCUGGGCGAACCGAGAGGCUGGGAGGAGGAAUAAGAGAACCGAUAUAGCCAGAGUGUCCCCAGCACCAGCAGCAGGAGCAGCAACUGCGCCUUUCGGCUCGACUCGGAGAACAGGCUGGUGGCGUUACCUGAAACAGCCCCGCCUAACGCCGCGCCUGCGCGGUGCCGCCUCCCUCCUCCGCCCGGGUCCGGGCCGCAGUGAGAGCGAAGGGAGGAGGCAGAGCAGGCGAGGCAGCGGCGGCGGCGGCGGCGGCGCAGCAGCUCUCUCUUCGCAAGAGUUGGACAGGCAGCGAGAGCGAGUCCGGCGUCCGCGAAGGAGCCCCGGGUGGCCGAGGGCAGCGCGCACACAGCUGGGGGCUCCGGGUAAGUCGAGGCAGCAGCAACAGCAGCCGCUCCGUCUGGGAAGGCAACGCGUAGACGGGUCGUGGGGGGGGGGGCGGCAGUGGCUCUUUCCAGGGACAGGUUCUUGAGCCCUGUGCGGCUAAGCGGGGGCUUCCCACGCCCGCCCCGCAUCCCUUCGCUUCAUAGGGGUGCCUCGGUGCGCAUCUUCCAUGGGACCACGGAGCUGCUUUCCUCGAAAUUGCGAUCUGGUAGCUCUCCCGCCCCGCGCGACAUCCUGGGCACUGCAAUCUAGUAAUCCGAUCUAUAGGUGUCCGGGGGGGAAUUAAAAUCCGGGCACGGGGCCUUGGACGAGGGAGGACCCGGCUUUUUAUUGUGGUCCUCUAGAAUAACAGAAGCCGUGAAACCUCCCCUCCCCACGGCCCAUUUAAGACCGAUUCAUCGCUGAGCCCCGGCAGAGGCUCCUGUAAUUAUGAUUCGACGGCGGCAGGCGGGCUCUCCGGGGAUCCUCGGCGCCCCCCGGGUGAAUCUCCUUCCCAGAUUUCUCCUCGCUCGCUCGGGGUCUGCUGGGUCCUUCUCGAGGGCAGCAGCAACGUUUGCUGGCGUUCCGGGGAGGCGAUCUGCUGCUUUCCUCCCGCCGGGUAGCGCGACUCGGCUGGCGGGCGUGAAAGGGGAGGGGAGGCUGAGCAGCCCUCGCAAGGGCAGAGGGAGCGCAGCAGCAGCAGCAUCGGCUCUCCGGGCGCUGCAAGAUCAUUUUCUUUCUGCUGAAGUUGGAAGUCUGUAGCUGCUUCUCCCCCGCUCCAAUUAGUGUGAGGUGGAAGCGAAAUAGGGAGGGAAGGAAGAAACCUCUCUCUCCCCCGCCGCCCUCCACACUUUUAGAAUGCGCCGCGUAUUGGUGACCCUUUGAUUCCGGCCGCCUCUUAUCUCCUCAGGGCUGACCUAAGGCGGCCAAACGCGAUGCUCUUAUUGCCCUUUUCUUGGGAACCAUCAAGUUGGGCGCGGGGUGAGGCCGGGAGAGCGAGCGAGCGAGCGAGACGGCGCACGUGAGAGGACUUGGCCGGCUGGCGGCGAGAGUUGGCGGUGGGAAGCCGCCGCUGGGUGUCCUUUCCCGGGGAGUCGCCCUCCGCUCUGUCUCCCCCCGCCCGGCCAGCCUCGCGCGCUUCCCUCGGGCUGUGAGGGGAGGAAAACGGCAGAGAUCUGAUUACAAAGCGCCGAGGCCACCUUGGAGCAGCAGCCGCCGCCUCCCGCCAGGCGCUGCUGCCGCAAGGUGCCUGAGGAGCUCGUGUAGGGAGGGGGGGCCACGAGGAGGACAGGCCCCCCCCCCGGGGAGCGCGCCGGGAAAACAAUAGGGCUGCGGAGAGGGCGGACGAGGGGAAGCGAGCUUUCUUUCACACCCCGUCGAGGAAGGGGUAUGAGGAGAGGAGGAAGCCGCCGCAGCCGGCGCCGCCCGCGGGGAAAGGAGCUCGUGUGGGAACUCCUGAGCCGGCGUGAGGCGGAGGUCUUGGGACGGGGCAGCGGGGGGAUUCGGGGCGUCCGCCGCCUGGGCUGCUCUGACGGCGGCCGAGGUCUCUUCGCCGCCGCGGCUCCCGAGGGGGCCCCAAUCUGGUCUCUGCUGCCGCCUCGCCCCGUCUGAAGAGAACAGGAGCUCUCCGCCAGCUUGGUCUCUCGUGGCGGUGGGCUUGUUAUUUUUAAUUGGCCUGUUCUGUCUUUCUUUCUACCCCCCCUCCAGGAUCCGCCCUGAAACAAAACAAGCAAUUAAAUAAUAAUAAUAAUAAUAAUAAUAAUAAUAAUGUUGGGGAGGGUGAUGAUGAGGGAAGGGGCGUUUUACACUUUUGUUGCCGUUCAUCUGAAAGAGGGGAGGGAGCAGAGAGAAGAGUCUGUCUCGGUAUUUUGUUGUUUAAAUCACACCACACUCCCUAUAAAACACUGGCUAACAAUGGAGUUUCCAAUUUCAAGUGUUGCAUCCAGGCAACGAUUGUUAACCAAACCAGGACCGGGGCAAACUUAGGUGAACCUUUUUCUUAAUGAUCAACUAGUAGUCGCAUUUUCAUGCCCAGCCCCUCUUGGGUGGUCUUGGGUGGACAAGACAAUUCUAUUCUUCCGAGUUCAUGCCCCCUCCACUUUUGCUUUUAUUAGCACGGAGGAGGUGCCUUUUAGCUUGUGAAGUGCAGGUUGCAAGUAGGCAAAAGAGAAAUUAAAAUUGUUUUUCAGAUAUUUAAGGGUGGGGUGUAUUUUUUUUCUGUUGCAAAAACAUGGUUUUUUACAACCUCCAGUAGCCUUAAAUUGCAUGUUGUGCUGCUAGCCAGAGGGACAUUUGGGUUAAUUGCUUGAGCUGGGACUAUAACAUUUCUUUUGGUCUGAUUUAUACAAAGUGUGUUGCUUUUAAGAGAACUCUCUUUUAUUCCAGAAGGUAUCUUAAGGUUGAUUCAAGGUGCUGAAACCCCAUCCUUUUAGUGGCUCACUGGUGGUAGCCCCAAAGAACACCAGUGUGUCAUUAUAUCUCAGUAUCCUCUUUAAAGAGAAUUGUACAUAGGCUUCUGGGGAGGAUAUUGUCUCCAACUUUGCAAAUUCAAUUUUGCAAAGCAACAUUUGAGAAGAGGGUGCUCUGAGGUUACAGGUGCCUGCCAGUAGAUGCCAGCAACAAAAUCGCCAAUAACAUCCACACAUCACUUUGCUUUCAGUAGUUGUGCUACCAGAAGUAAUGUUCACCUGGUUAGUGCAAUAUUGUGGUUUUCAGUAACGACAAACUGAAAACUGCCAGCAAUGGAUUUGCUUCUGAGCAAUGGGGUAUUAUGUGAAUUGCUGGCAAGGAACAAUUAGCAUUAGCACUGCAUGGAAAGAUUCAGGGCCUUUCCAUGGAAAUCACAUGGACUUUGUUCCCAGUUUAAAUGUAUAGUAUUGGGCUAUAUCUUUCAUCAUGCUAAGCAAAACAGGCUUGUGUUUGUUUCUUUUUGGGAAUGAGUGGGAUUUCAAGUGCCAUUCAUUGAGCUCCUGCUAAUGCAUAACAAUAGUUGCUGCAGUAUCUGUGGUUAGUUGCUCUCUUUACCAAUUUUGCAUGAAUGAUGAUUGGAGCACUGAGUUGAUUGAAAGUCUGUGGUAUAUGUGAAACUUUAGGCAUCACAGUUCUGAUAUGGAAGCAGGUAUUUUGAAGUCUAUUCUGCACUCAUUGCUUGUGGCAGGAUCUCUGCCUCCUAUGCUUGCUUUAUAUUGAAUACAGCUGAAUAUUGCUGUAGACCUUUUAUUUUAUUUUACAGAUAUUUUAAUGGUAGCCCGUUUGUUUGGAAGAAUAUAAACAAAUGGUGAAAAGGCAAAUGUAGCUUAUUUCUGGAGCAAUCCCAAUUUGUCUAUGGAUCCCUGGUGCUGAUUACUAUCAGACAGACCCAGAUGAAUGAACAAUUUGUAAUUUGUUGCCUAAACCUGGUGAUGGUCUACUUGCUUUAGAUGUAGACUGGAAUUCUGUUCUCUCCCAUUAGUCUUGUCUCUAUGAAAUAAUAAAGUAUAAAUUGGUCUUACAUAUUCUAAGCAGCACCAUUCCAUUGCACAGUUGUCUUGUUCGUUUAGCACUUUUGGUAUAAUGUACUCAAAGGGAUCUUUGCUGUGCACACAACAUACAUUUAAAGCAAAUAUUUUCCUUCAAAGAAUGCAGGAAACUGUCGUGUGCCCCCUGAAGCCACAGUUUCCAGGUUCCUCUGGGGACAGUCAUGUGCUUUAAAUGUAUGGAUAGCUCAGCUGGUUAGAGUAUGGUACUGAUAAUGCCAAGGUUGCAGGUUCAAUCCCCGGCUGCAUAUUCCUGCAUUGCAGGGGGUUGGAUUAGAUGAUCCUCAGGGUCCCUUCCAACUCUACAAUUCUAUGACUCUGUGAUUCCACUCAGCCUUGCGUGUCACUUUUGCAGCAAGGUGUUCAAGUUCCCCUGGUGUGGCACUACAGAGGUCCUUGGUCGCACUAAGGAGGAGGAUGAGCAGAGAGGCUCUCCAAACAUAGCAGAGCUAGCACACCACAGUUUUGAAGCAUGUGAAGUGAUACACGUUACCAACUGAAAGGUGCCCCCUUCCUCUCCAGAGUUUAGAAUUACCUAACUGUGCCGUUGAGCAUCAGCUUUUACAUUGCAAAGCAGCUGUGAGUAUCUUUUUUGUGCAGAACACAGGUGUGUAUAUGCUAAGUAUGAUGGCGCUGUGAGAGCGAGCCUUAGGUAUGCACAUCCCCCUCCUGGCCGCCCAGCACUCACUCACACCCUUUAAUGUAAAGCAGGGCCCUAUGUGAGGCUCACUACCGCACCUCACCUGUGUAACCUGAACACCUGGGUUGUAUGGGAACCAAGCCUAAGACCUCUUAGAAUUGAAACGCCAGUUCCUUUCAGACUGGUUGUUCAGGCUGUUAUCCCACAUGCAGCAAAGUGUGUGGCAAUAGCCUCCAGUUUUACUCUCGUACUUGCUUACAGGGUAGGAGACACCUGCUGAAGCAAAUUGAGCAAUAGUUUUCCAGGCUGCUGUGUAGUUUGAUAAGUCUCGUUUUCCUGAAUCGCUGGGGACUGUAUGGUGAAUUUGCCUUAAGGUAGACCUUGGGUAAAACAAGAGCAUCAAAAUAAAACCAUAUAAUUCCUUCUCCAAUUGUUGGGUUUCCGUGCUGUGCCACAAUGAAGUACACCCUUGCCUAAAGCAGAUACAACUGACACAACAGUUUGCGUGCAUGUUUGUGUGUGUGUGUGUGUGUGUGUGUGUAUAUAUAUAUAUAUAUAUAUACACACAGCCUGCAAUAAACAAAAAUUGGAUGUUUUAUCUAAAGCGAACCUUCAGCAAGUCUAAGAAACGUGCCUGUAACAAACCUGAAUUGAACUGAAAUAUGAUACUUCAAAUAUAGUUCUGGAAGCAAAAUUAUUGGGUUGCACUGUUUUAAUAUUAAAUUUGGUUCUCUGAAACAUUUUACCAGGAGAAGCCUACCCAAAUCUACCCAAAUAUAAUAAAUUCAUUUUUUUUAUUAUAAACUCUAGGUUUCCUUGAAAAUUCUGGCAUUAGGUGGAUUUGACAACAGGACAGCUCAGUCGGUUAGAGCAUGGUGCUGAUGACACCAAGGUCGCAGCUUCGAUCCCCAUAUGGGGCAACUGCAUAUUCCGGCAUUGCAGAGGGUUGGACUAGAUGAUCCUCAAGGUCCCUUCCAACUCUACAAUCCUGUUAUUCCUAUCCUAUUCCAAAAAAAGCUGGAGUAGGUCAGAGAUGUAAAUGUGUCAAAGCAGCUUACAGUAAAAAUAAAAUCUAUAUUGGUGUCAAUCUUAAAAUAGAAUAGGUUAUGUCUUCUAGUCUUCUCCUCUGAGGAUGGUCACACAAUCCCUGAGGAAAAAGAAAGUAACAUGUGAAAUAGUGUUAGGCGUGUGACCAUGGCAAAUCCAUAUGUACGGGAGCUACUACCAUUUGCUGUGCUUCUUGUCUGAAUGGUGUGUCUUUGGUGGGGGAGAUGGUGAAGCCCAUCUGUGGAUAUCUUGCAUGUGUGAUUUCACCACUACCUUAACUUACCAUUUCAAAAAACCUGGCAAUUCUCUAGUUUUGCCAAGAAAAAAGGCUGCAAUACUGCAGAAAGAACUUACUGCAAAUUGUGCAUGGUGCCCAAAUAACCACUGAAAGCUCAUGGUAUGUAGAUAUCUUCUUUCGCACCUUGCUGUUUCUCAGCUCUUGUGGGGACAGAGGAGCUUCAGAGAGAAUUCUUUCACAAUUGUAUCAUAAAGCUAUGUACAUAGAAGGCAGUUUUCAAUUCAGUUUGUGAAACUUGCAUCAAAGUGAUGUGUAGAGUAGAAUUAUUAAACAAAGCAGUGGCUUCUCUUGCCACUUCCCAACAUCUUUGCCACUCUAUGAUGCUGCUCAGGAGUCAUGUUUUGUGUCCUCUCCUCUUGACUAUAAAGGAAUCUCCUUCCUCAACCUCUUGCAUCUAUUCAUUCUGCACAUCAGUGCAGUAUUAGGAAUGUAUUAAUCACUUCCUUUUAGAUCAUCCAUCACCUGCUUCCUUUACUGAUGGACAGAGCAGAGACUAAUUUGUAGCAUUCAUGCUUAUCUUGCACAUGAGAUGUAAUUUGGCAUUACUGGGCUUCUGUGAAUGUUAUGUAUGUGUGUGAUACAUUUAGAAUGGUUGCUUAUUAAUGCAGAUAUUGAAAGCUAGACUGUCUAGUGUGGAAGCUAACUUCAAUUCAGUCCUCCCUGUUGCAACAAAAUGUCCUAAGUUGGAUGUCUUUGUCUUUACCACUCUACGGUUUUCUCAAUUAAGUACUGUAGCAUGUUGUCAAGCACCCCUGCUCUGUUUUUGAAUGCACCAGUUGUAGAUCAAAGAAGCCAGUCUUGGAACAAUGGCAGUAAUCUCAUUUAAAAAGCAACGUGAUUCUUCAAAACAUAUUUUAGAGCUGAUGGUUAAAUACCACCCCCCUUCAGCAAUCGGGCACAAACCCAUGCAAGUUUGCAGUGACCGGGAAUUGCAUUAAAAAAACAAACAUUGUGUGACUUGCAAAGAAAAAGAUGAGUUGUAGCCAUGGAGAAUAACCAGAAUAAGGGAAAAUAUCCAUUUCUGUGGGUGUCUUGAAUAGCUUCUGAAGCCACUUGCCAUGCUGGCAAAUCCUUGAUAUAUUUCAUUAUAAUUAUUGCAUAAUCUAAAGAAUCAAACUCAUUUUUAAAAUAUCCAGCAGUCCAAAAUAAACCUCUGUUCUUAUAGAUGAUCUUUGUCCAGGAUGUAUUUACCUUUAAUCCAACAUCUUCAUUCUGUCUCCCCCACUCCCAGGAAGUUUUAGUAAUCUUUCAGUAUUCCUAUAACAAAGAACUACAUUGUUGUGCUAAUGCAGAAUAGUAAUUGUGCUCUUUCGGCUGCAAGCUUUUUCUUCUCCAAGACUUGCUUGUGAUCUUAUUAUCCUAUGUCUGUUAUGCACAGUUGAGUAAAACCCCCGCUAAUAUGCCUUUUUUUGCCCAGCAUGGUUUUAAUUUCACCGUAUGCCUCAAACCCACUUCUUGGUCCUUGUAAUCCAUAUUUCAUCAUGUAUUGAAGUUGAAUUUUUAGAUCUAACAAGUUACAGGAUAAGGAUCCUACUUCAGGUCUGUUAACUGGUUCCUGGUUACCAUCAGUUUAGUAACUUGGCUCUGUGUACCUUUAGACACUGAAAAAAAGCCCACUUGUGCAUCCUUGCACAAUAACACUUGUGUGUUGUGGCUGUUUUAAAAAAAUAUUAUAAAAAUGUUUAUAUACCUCUAUUCAUAAAUAUCAAACUAGUUUAGAACAAUAGUGCAAAAAAUCCAUACAAUAAAAACCAUAUUAAAAAAGCUAAAAUCAGGAAUCCGCUAACUACUGUGGAAAGAUACCUUAAGUUUUCAGUAUUUUAUCCUAGUAGCUCAUACUUGUGGAAGGAAGCACCAUGUGCCAGUAUAGUAAAAUGUUUUCCCCCAAACUAUCAAGGGGAAGAAACUGCUUUGAUAAACUUAGAUUUUCCCCCCUAAUAAAAUAUUGUAUGUGUGUAGUGUAAUGUAGUGUAGUGUAGUAAACUCUGCCACUGAGAUGCAACCUAGCAUAUAGCAGACUUGAUUUACAGAUGGUGUUUUCAUCUUUAAGUUAACGUAAAUUGCUUUGCCCUUGCUGAAAUAUUUUUUGCCCAACAUGGGGCUUGAACCCACAACUCUCAGAUUAAGUGUCUGAUGCUCUACUGACUGAGCUAUUCCAAUAGCUUUCUUCAAAGGAAAGGAGAAAGCAUUCAAGAAAAACUCUGUAGUGUUAUUGUCAAUCACUUAGAGACAGUCAUAGCAAUCAUUUGCUAUAUGCUAUAUGCAGGGGGAAAUGAUCUAAAGUAUGGCUUGCAUGUUUCUAAACAUCUAGUAGACAUGUACCUGGAUGCCCUGAUGGCCACAACUACAUAGUUAUGUGUCACAACAUAAUACUUACUAUGGCACAAAAAACCUGCUGCAUUAAGCAUGAAUGGGCCCUUAUUCAGUUCACUUAGUCUCACAACAGCCAUAUAGAUAAUUACUACUCCCAUUUUAUGGAACUCAAAAACUGAGGCUAGGAGUGAGGUUCUUAGGUGACUUGUCCCAAGGUUAUUCAACAAGUCUCAUGCUCAUCUAAGGUUUAAACCUGUUCUGUGUAGUUCCAAGUCCAGUACUAUUGACUGUAGUGUUAGUUUUCCUUGUCUGUUUUUUUUUUAAGUUGUACCUUUCACGCAUCUUUAAAACGUGGUUCAUUGGAUGUAUCUGAAACCUAUCUGGCCACUGGUGACACAAGAAAGGGCAUUCUCUGUAGCAGUGGAAUUCCUUCUCUGUGGAACUUAGUUUGUCCUUCUCAGUGACAACUUCCCAGUAUCCACUGAAGACACAACUGGUCACUUGGGCUUGCGGGUAAUGAUAGCGAUAUUGAGCCUCAAAGUUAGUCUUUUUUUUUAUUGCUGUGUUAUGGAAAUUGUUUUGGUUGAUGGAUAUAAUUUAAUACUCUUAUUUUUAGAACUGGUUGUUUUAUGUGUGUUUUGUCUAUAAACCACCCUGGGAUUCCAUGGGAGGAAAGGCAGUUUAGAAAUUAAGAAUAUGUGCCCUUUUUCUGCUAUAACUGUGUCUGAUAUCCCAUCUGCAUGUUACUAAAAUGAAAAUAUUUAGCAACUUUUGUAUGUUUCUCCACACAUGUUUAGGGAAUGCAAGUAGGGUAAUUGGUUGCUAAAAUUUCUGUUCUUAGCAACUGCCUGGUUUUGCUUCCUUUCUACCAAUUCUGCUACAUUCGUUUUCUUGUGGGUUUUCCAUUCACCUUUUUCUGUUCACUGUUUUCAAAUGUUGUGGUGUUCCUGUAAUGCAGUUGUGCUGUUUACCACAUCCCUGGUUAAGCCCUCUUCCUUAUCUGAUUCUUUUGCUUCAUCAUUUGAAUUAAAUACGGUUUCACCGAAGCAUUGGUAAAGACUGAGAAUAAAAUAGUUGUUGUUUUAAAAGAAGAGAAUGAAUUUACACUUUAGGAUGAUUCAGAUUUCAAAACCAUAAAAGACUAAAUUUAAAAAUACGUAUUUGCUUCCAAUGCCGCCUUUACUUGCUGGAUGACGGCAGUGCAAUUAUAUGGUUGUUGUCCCGGCUUUUAAAGUUCCCAUUAAACUGGUAUGAAGCAAUCUGGACAUACAGGUUUGCCUAUGUAAAUUCUUAGCUUUGCACAUAUGUUGAGUUUAAGGUACACAUCUUCCUCUCCACAUAUGAUCAUUUAUUUUACUGACUUUGCAGUAGCAGUCUAAGCAUUGAAGUGUGUCCAUGGAAUUAUUCUUUUUUAAACCCAAUGCUGCUGAAUUUCAUUAUGUAGUUUUGCCAACAGGUGUUGGGCUGCUCUCGAAAUAUAUCAGGAUUGCUUGGGUUUAUCCAAUAUCCAGAAUUUGGUCUUCAACAAUUAUAUUAAUUUUACAAAAUUGUUAAUACUCUUAGUGUGGGGGGGGGGUUUAAGAUUAAGACCAUGGCUUCUGCAAUAAACUGCCUCCUACAUUUAGAAUGAAAAAUAUACUAGGAAUUACUAACUAGUUUAUCAUUUUAAAUGCUCUUGUGCCCAGCAGUAAAGGGUUAGGUUGUCAAGCAUGACAGAAGCGGCCUUCUCAGUGGAGGCACCACAGUUACAGAACUCUCUUCUGAAUAAUUGAAGUAUACUGGACCCCACUAUAGUGCAGGCUCUCUUUUCAAUGCUCCCCUUCCCCAAGGGUACAAAUCGGGUGGCUAACCUGUGGCCCUCCAGACGUUGUGAUACUCCAGCUUCCACCAGCACUCAGCUAGCAUGCCCAAUGGUAGGGAAUGAUGGGAGUUGUAGUCCAGUAACAUCUGUAGCACCACAAAUUAACCACCUCAGUGUACAUGGUUUAUGUGAUCCAGGGAAGCUUUCGCAUAGAUAGCAAUGUGUACCAUUCUGAUGUGUCUUAAACAGUACAUCUUGUGUACAUUGCGUUGCGAGAGCAUGGCUCUGAAAAGUGCCAUAUAAAUACUUUGAAUGAAUUAAAAAUUAGUCCAUUGUACAGAGUCUCUAUAUUACAUUUGGAGAGUUUAUUAGCAUUUCCUUUUAUUGCCAGGGUGAUAGAGGGGUAAGAUCAUUUUCUUUGUAUACUGUGUUACAUUUCAAUUAAAUAGCUAGUUUUAAUCUUUAUAAUGGUAACUGGCUACACAAUUAGGUGGUUUUUUAAUCUGUUUUGUAAUAGAGAACCAUUUUCUAAGGCAGGAAAAAUGGCAUUUGGUUAAAUAUAAGUUUCAAGUCCUGCUAUGUAUGUGGGCAGUGGUUCAGAAAGUCAGUGUGUGACUAUGGCUGUGUACAGACUUCUCCUUUAAAAUCUGAAUUAAAAAAAUGAGGAUUUUAGUUGGUAAACACCUGACUCCAGAAAGUUGACAGUUCACAAGAUCUCAUACUAAUUUCUCAGAGUUUGAAAACUGUGGCUUCCUAUAUGUACAUAUCUUUCAUAGGAAGCUGUCAGGGAACUGCCAUCGGACGGAAGGGAGGUGAAAGGGCUCACACAGGUUGGGAGAGACGCAGCAGCUGAAGAGGAAACCAACAGGGAGGUGAAAGGGCUCACACAGGUUGGGAGAGACGCAGCAGCUGAUGAGGGAACCAGCAGGGGAGAGGAGCUGAGCUGGAGGGAUGGCUCAGAGACACUUCCAGCGAAAACAGUGGAGAGGUUUCAGGACCUCCUGUAAGAACACCCACUCCUCGCCGGAAACUGUCACGCAGAGAUUCCAGAAGACGUGUUUCCGUUAAGGAGCUUUUAUGUUGGAAGCGAUUACGAAAGCAACCACUGUCGGAAUCUGCUAGUGACUAGAGUAGCCAUGUCUGAGGGGCUCUGUCACAGACAGAGGUUUGUGGACUUGAACAAACUCUGAGGGGAUACGAUUUUACGCACAAGCAGCUCAUCAUCCCAUCACAGCAUUCCGACAGUCUUUGAAAGCAGCUUGUGCAGGAGAAGGUAUCAUGAGCAACCCAGCCGGAACCGGAGAAGCAGGAGCUGGAGCGGGUCCAAGCCUGGAAGAAAGGUACCAGAUGUUGGAGGUCCAGCUAGCGAUGCAGACGGCGAGGCUUGAGGAGAGGAGGGCUCAGGAUGCAGACAAAAGGGGAAAGCCACCCAGUUCGCCAGAAAGGUACCAGGAUUGGUGCAGAAGUUUGGGGGGGAGCCCAAAAACUAUCAUGGUUUUCGGACAGAAAUGCAAUAUGCCCUCAAUCUGCAGUUUGAUGAAUCCCUGACGAGGAAUCACGAGUGGCUUUCGUGAUUGAGCAUCUUGAAAAGGGGGCGAGAGACUGGGUUAGACCCCUGAUGGCAGCGAAUAGUGACGUCUUAAAAGACACGAUGAAGUUCUUUCGCGCCAUGGAUCUGAUGUUUUCCAGCGAUAUUGAAAAGGGAGUGGUGCGCAGACAGUUAAUGGGUUGCAAACAGGGGAGCCGAUCUGUCCGUGAGUACUGGACUGAGUUCACCAUGCUUGUUCACAGAUUGGGGUGGGACUUAUCGGCGGAACCCAUUCAAAUGCUCUUUGAAGAAGGGCUUUCUUCGGCUGUGAAAGACGAACUUUCCCGGGCGCCCAGGGCGGAGUCUAUGGACCAGCUGACCAAAUCAGCGCUGGCCAUAGGAGCGCGCCAGGAGGCGAGAGCAUUGGAGAGGCGGGAAGGGAAAGGGGAACGUUGGAAGGAGUUCCGCAUUCCAGACAUUCCAGAGCCAACUUUCCCACCGGCAGAGCCGAUGGAAAUCGGAACAGCGCGCGCGCGCAGUUUCAAAGCCCAGUGAGGGGGCAAAGAAGGAGGGAAAAGGCGCCCGGAAAUGCUAUCUCUGCCAACAGCCAGGUCACUUUGCCAGAGUCUGCCCUCAGAGGAAAGAAUGGCAAGGGAUGGUAGGGGCUGUGGAUGGAAGAGAGGAAAAUAUACCGGAGCAAGUAAAAGCCAACGCCUGGCUGCCACUGUCAGGGCACAGCAGCCAGGCCAAAGAGCAGUGAGAGUGCCCACGCCAGAACCUCCUAAACCCGCCCUAGUGAUAGAAGUGACGCUAGAGCUGCCAAACGGACACCCUCUAAAGAUAAAGGCGCUGUUGGACUCAGGCAGCUCCUGCAAUUUCAUGAGCAAAGAGUUUGCAGCUGAACACCAGAUACAGACAAUCCCUUUAAGCAGCCCCUUGCAGGUGACCACGAUCGAUGGCAGGGAGCUGUUGGGUGGAGAAGUCAGCUUGCAGACCGUCCCAAUGAUAAUGAAGGUAGCAAGGCACACCGAACUGAUAGCUUUUAAUGUGGCCACCUUGGGAGGAGCUCCCAUUAUAUUGGGGAUGAGCUGGCUAGCGUUACAUGAUCCGCUGGUGGGCUGGCAUCAGAGAGUGGUUUCUUUUGGUUCAGCACAUUGCUUAGAACACUGCAAAGAGGGAAAGGGUUUGGCAGGGGUCCAAGCCACCCUAGCAGGGACUGAAGUAACAGAGAACGUGAAGGUACCACGACAAUAUGCAGAUCUCCGUGACGUCUUCAGCGAAAGGGAAGCUGACCAACUACCCCGCAUAGACCCUUUGACUGUCAAAUCAACUUACUCCCUGGAGCACAGCUCCCUGUAGGCAAGCUGUACGCCAUGUCAGACAGAGAGAUGCAGGAGUUAAGAGAGUUCAUUGACAAGAACCUGAAGAGAGGGUUCAUCAGAGAGUCCAGGGCGGUGGGGGCAGCCCAGUGUUUUUGUGGAUAAGAAAACACGAACAAGCCGAGGCUGGUGUGUGACUUCAGGGCCUUAAAUGCAGUGUCAGAACCAGUAGCCUUCCCUAUGCCCAGGAUUGACGACAUUUUGACAAGGGUGCGGAAGGGAAAGAUUUUUACAAAGCUGGACCUAAGGGGGGCGUACAACCUGGUACGAAUAAGGAAGGGGGAUGAAUGGAAAACCACUAUGUUCACCCCUUUAGGGGCAUUUGAAUAUUUGGUUAUGCCCUUCGGCCUACAAGGAGGCUCCGCAACAUUUCAAUCGUUUAUGAACCACGUCCUGGGGCCUUUGCUUUACAAGAAUUGUGUGGCCUUUUAGACGACGUGUUGGUGUAUUCUGAGAAUGAGGAGCAGCAUGUGAGAGACGUCAGAGAAGUGUUGAGCAGGCUGCAAGCCAACCAGCUGUGGGUGAAACUGGAGAAGUGUCAGUUUCAUACCAAGGAGGUGGAAUUCCUGGGGUAUCGCCUGUCAGACAAGGGAUUGGCCAUGGAUCCCGGCAAGGUCCAGGCUGUGCUGGAAUGGAAAACACCCAAAACAAAGAAGGAUGUGCAGAGGUUCCUAGGAUUUGGGAACUUCUAUCGUAAGUUCAUCCGAAACUUUGCCCACCUGACGGCGCCCAUUACGGACUGUCUCAGCAGUAAGAAGAAGUUCGUGUGGACUGAGGAGGCGGAGCGAGCAUUUGAGGAACUAAAAGGGCCUUCGCCUCGGAACAACAACUCCUGCAUGUGGAUUUACAAAACCGAUGAGAGUGGAAACUGACGCAUCAGACAGAGCGAUUGGGGCGGUGCUUCUGCAGCCAGGCAAGAAGGGGUCAGAGUGGAGACCGUGUGCCUUUUUUCGCGAAAGCUGAACAAAUCCGAGAGGAACUACACGGUGUAUGACCGAGAACUACUAGCCAUUCAUGAGGCGUUCCGGAGAUGGAGGCACCUGCUAAUUGGCGCACAACAUAAGGUGCAAGUGUGCACUGACCACAAGAACCUAGAGUAUUGGAGGACGGCACGAGUGCUCAACCAACGGCAAGUGAGAUGGGCCCAGGAGUUCUCCAAAUUUAACUUUGAGAUUAGUUACGUGCCAGGCCCAGAGAACAUUAGGGCGGACGCUCUCUCACGCAAACCUGAAUAUUUGGAGGGAGGGGCACCCGAAGAGAGACAUGUCAUUCCAGAAGACCGCUGGGUGUGUGGGGCGGCAUUGGUGGGACAAAGAGAACUGGUAGAGGAAACAGAGAAUGAUGAAUACGCCCAGAAUAAGCUCAGAGGUCUUAGGGGUGAUGGAGAGGAACCAGGGGGUUUCGAGGAAAGAAAUGGAGCUUUGUAUUACAAAGGGGCACUGUAUAUCCCUGAAGGAGAGUUAAGGGGAGGGUACUCAAGCAGUUGCACGACAGCCCUACGGCGGGGCAUUUUGGACAACACAAAACCAUGUGGUUGGUCACCAGGGAAUUUUGGUGGCCUAAGGUGAGGGAAGAUGUACGUGAGUAUGUAAGAGGGUGCGAGCAAUGCCAGCGAGCCAAAGGGGAAAGGCGGGCGCCGGCGGGGCUAUUAGAACCCUUACCAACCCCAGAACGACCUUGGGAGGCAGUGUCGAUAGAUUUUAUGACUGAUCUGCCGAAGUCCAAAGGGAAAACAGCCAUCAUGGUGGUGGUAGACCUACUAACAAAGAUGUGCCACUUUGUAGCUUGCUCGCAUGCAGUCACGGCGGAAGAGACAGCGAAGUUAUUUGUAGAAAACAUUUUUAGGUUGCACGGGGUGCCAUUGAGGGUGGUCUCAGACCGAGGAAAACAAUUUACUUCCAGGUUCUGGAGGAAGCUCAUGAGCUUACUGCAGGUGGAGGUCAAUUUUUCGACUGCCCGGCACCCUGAAACCAACGGGCAGGCGGAAAGAGCAAACGGUGUCCUCCAGCAAUACCUGAGGUGUUAUGUCAAUGACAGAGAGAAUGACUGGGUAGAAAAGUUGGCGCUGGCGGAAUUUGCCUACAACAAUGCCGAGAAUGUGUCCACAGGGAUGAGCCCCUUCUUGGCUAAUUAUGGGUGUCAUCCCAGGGCUUUCCCAGGGGAAGAGGGGGAGAGAUGGAGCGUCCCGGCAGCCGAGCAUUUUGUGGAAGAAAUGGAAGCAAUCCAUCGUCAGCUCCAACUCAACUUAGAAAGGGCGAAGGAAGAAUACAAGAGGCAGGCAGACAAGAACCGAAGGGAAGGUGAAACCAUAAGGGUGGGAGAUAGGGUGUGGCUGUCAACCCAAGGGUUGCCGUUCAAAGGAGGUUGUAAGAAAUUAAGACCCAGGAGGUUGGGUCCCUUUGAGGUCAUUCAACAGGUCAACCCAGUGGCUUUCAGGCUCCGGUUACCCAACCACAUGAAACUGCACCCAGUAUUUCACAGGUCGUUACUGUCACCGUACGAAGGGGGACGAGAAGGGCUGGCCACUCGGGGACCGGUCGUAGAAGAAAGAGAAUGCAGCAGCCAUGUGGCAGAAAUCCUCGACGCCAGGUGGAAGGGGGAUCAGGUGGAGUAUUUGGUAGCGUGGGAAGGAGAACCGGAGUCAGAAAACACUUGGGUAAUGGCUGAAGAUAUCAAUGACGAGGUAUUGAUAGAAACGUUCCAUCAAAGGUUCCCAAGGAAACCUCAGCCUGUGGAGAGGUUCCGGAGGGAAUACUUUGGGACCACUGAUGAAGGGGAGGAGUUGGAAGGAUUCCCGGACUCGGAAGGGGAAGGGGAGAUGGACUCUGAGGAGGAGGUGUACUUCGAGACCAGGAACCGCAACAGGUUGAGAGAAGUGUUCGAGACAUCGGAAGAUGAAGGAAGUUCAUUCCGGGUUUUGCCUCCUCACCGCCCGUAGAGGAGGGGGCGAGAGGGGGUGAAGGGGGCCCUGGAGGGGAGGUGGAUGUCAGGGAACUGCCAUCGGACGGAAGGGAGGUGAAAGGGCUCACACAGGUUGGGAGAGACGCAGCAGCUGAAGAGGAAACCAACAGGGAGGUGAAAGGGCUCACACAGGUUGGGAGAGACGCAGCAGCUGAUGAGGGAACCAGCAGGGGAGAGGAGCUGAGCUGGAGGGAUGGCUCAGAGACACUUCCAGCGAAAACAGUGGAGAGGUUUCAGGACCUCCUGUAAGAACACCCACUCCUCGCCGGAAACUGUCACGCAGAGAUUCCAGAAGACGUGUUUCCGUUAAGGAGCUUUUAUGUUGGAAGCGAUUACGAAAGCAACCACUGUCGGAAUCUGCUAGUGACUAGAGUAGCCAUGUCUGAGGGGCUCUGUCACAGACAGAGGUUUGUGGACUUGAACAAACUCUGAGGGGAUACGAUUUUACGCACAAGCAGCUCAUCAUCCCAUCACAGAAGCCUUGACUUCUGCACUCAGUUCAGGAUAAUUCUAAACUUGCUGUUCCAUACAAAUGUUACUCUGAACAAGGUGAAAUGACUAAAUUGCUAAACAAUUCCAAUGCAAUUAAAUAAAUGUUUGGCGCAUUGUUCUAUUAUUAUUAGUCAUCAAGUUCCCAUGGCAAGCUUUUGUGAAGAGUCUUGCAUGCUUAAGGAUAACAAUGUUAGAUAGUACUAUGCAAUAUGUAAAGCAUGCCUUCCUACUGUAGCAUGGCAUCCAUACUCUUGAUAUUAAUGAUAUGAAAGAAAUGUAAAUGAUAAGCAGUGAUGAUGAAGUGAUGAGUCCAAGGUCUACAAUUAACUUUUUGUUUUUAAUGCGGUUAUAACAAGGUUUUAAGUGUUGGUAUGAUGAGUUUGAGAAGACUACCUCAAUAUUUUUUUCAUUAAGCUAGUGUAGCUCUAGUUAUCAUAAAAGUUGCUGUUAAGAGUUCGGAUUACCUUUGUGUUGCAUUUAAAACAAGGAAGCUGCAUUUCAAGUGGAAAUAUGAAAUAAAAGUGUUAGAUAGUAUCAAAUUUUCACUCAUUAGGUGAAUGGAGAUUUGUCUUAAUUUUUGAAGUACAGGCUAUAGUAAUAAUAAUAAGAAGAAGAAGAAGAAGAAGAAGAAGAAGAAAUUGUUUCUACCCCACCCAUAUGGUUGGGUUUCCCCAGCCACUCUUGGUGGCUUUCAACAGAACAUUAAAAACAGAAUAAAGCUUCAAACAUUAAAAACUUCCCUAAACAGGAUUGCCUUCGGAUGUCUUCUAAAAGUCAGAUACAGUGGUGCCUCGCAAGACGAAAUUAAUCCGUUCCACGAGAGUCUUCGUCUAGCGGUUUUUUCGUCUUGCGAAGCAAGCCCAUUGACGGAUUAGCGCUAUUAGCGCUAUUAGCGGUUUAGCGGCUAUUAAAGGCUUAAAGGAUUAGGGGAUUAGCUGCUAAAAGGCUAUUAAAGGCUAUUAAAGGCUUAGCAGAUUAGAUAAAGGGGGAAAAGCGAAAAAAAUCAAAAGACUCGCAAGAUAUUUUCGUCUUGCGAGCAAGCCCAUAGGGGAAUUCGUCCUGCGAAGCAACUUCAAAACGGAAAACCCUUUCGUCUAGCGGUUUUUCCGUCUUGCGAGGCAUUCGUCUUGCGGGGCACCACUGUAGUUGUUUAUUCCCUUGACAUCUGAUGGGAGGGCAUUCCACAGGGCGGGCGCCACUACUGAGAAGGCCCUCUGCCUGGUUCCCUGUAACUUUGCUUCUCGCAGUGAGGGAACCGCCAGAAAGCCCUCGAAGCUGGACCUAAGUGUCUGGGCUGAACGAUGGGGGUGGAGACGCUCCUUCAGGUAUACUGGGCUGAAGUCAUGUCUAAAAUAAAUUUUAUAUUUACUCAGUUAAUGGAAUGAAUAAUACUUGUCCUUUUGCGAAGCUGUAUACGUAAUUAACAUCCCAUAUUAGCUCAGUGAUAGACCAUCUGCCUUGAAUGCAGGAGGUCCCUGGUGCAAUCUCUGACAUCUCCAGGUAGGGCUGGAAGAGCAUCCCUGCCUGAAACUCUGGAGAGCAGUUGCCAGGCAGUGUAGACCAGGCACCCCCAAACUCAGCCCUCCAGAUGUUUUGGGACUGUAGUUCCCAUCAUCCCUGACCACUGGUCCUGUUAGCUAGGGAUGGUGGGAGUUGUAGUCCCAAAACAUCUGGAGGGCCGAGUUUGGGGGUGCCUGCUGUAGACAGUACUGAGCUAGAUAGAUGGACCAAUGGUCUGAUUCAGUGUAAGGUAGUUUCCUAUGCUUCUGAAAAUUAAGUAACAAUGUCCUAACACUGGUUGCAUAAUAAACUUCUUUGAAUAUCCCUGUGGAUUGUCAUGGCUGUCUCCUUCAUUAAAGUGCCGCCUUCAUUUGUAGGGUCUUGAUUUCAUUGCUCAAUUUUACUGCCAAGGUCCUUUGGUGUUUCAACAGCACAUUGACCCAUUAGGAAUGGAACUACUUCAGUAAAAUCAUGGGCAUCCCUCAUGUGCAUGACCUCCUCCUUUGGAUCAUAGUCUGUACACUCAAAGACUAGGCUAACAAGCCUUGGGCAUGAAGGUUUAAAGCAAUGGUCCUUGCCUCUGUUGUUUACAAACAUGGCACUGGGGUGUGUCCUCAAGCCCAAGAGCCAUAGGGUGGGGCUACUAAUUGGUGUGUCUGGAUUGGUCAUCCUAUUUGCACACAGCCUACAAAUUGAUGCUUCAGCCAUGCUACUCAGCAUAUCCAGUCUAAUUUUGUUUCUCUCUGCUAUUAUUUUGUUGCAGGUUUCUGA